AAAGGAGGUCUAACUCAGCCGAAGUGAUGUCUGCAGCCAGCUCGACGGCCGCUCGACAGACGCCGCUGACGUGCCCCGGCCACACGCGGCCCGUGGUGUGCCUCCACUUCAGCGGUGUCACGCCUAGCGGGUCCUACUUCAUCUCCGCCUGCAAAGAUGGUAAGCCGAUGCUGCGACAGGGGGACACUGGGGACUGGGUAGGAACCUACGAGGGCCACAAGGGAGCAGUGUGGGGAGCAUGUCUCAGCAGUGACGCCUCGAGAGCUGCAACUGGUGCUGCCGACUUCACUGUUAAGUUAUGGACUGCCAUGACGGGCGACGAGCUGAAGACUUUCACCCACAAGCACAUCGUCAAAGUUGUCGAUUUCUCUCACGUGAGUCAAUCAAAUUGUCCUUAAAGAAUCUUUGGGGGUCCCACUGUACUGGUGUCAUGAAUUGCAUUUGCCAUUUGAACGUAUGUACAUUUGUGGUUAUUAUUAACUGUGCGCUGAUCUGUGGUUCGCACAUGCGCAUUACGUUGUUGUAUGUAAGUUGCCUAUUAUAAUAUCAGACCACUUUUUUUGGUAUUCAUGAAC